GACGCCACAAACCAGCAGGGCAGCCACUUCCGUUCAGUGUAAACAAGAUGGCGGUGGGGAGGAGGCCGCUCGGCCCGUACUCGCUCCUGCUGUUUCUUACGUGUGCCGUCUCAGCGCCAGAACUCGCUCUGGGCCUCUCUGAGGCCGGCAAGUGGAGGCUAAGAGUUGGCGGGAAUCAAUCUCAAACUCAAUUUCUACAGAAGAAAACAUUGUUUAACAGCUCGUACAUUACCCUGAAGUGGACCCAGGAGAAGUGUGACUCUGAAAUAAACCUGAACGUCUCAUGGUAUUUGAGAAGUUUUCAUUGCUUUGAUGAAUAUUCUGCAGUGAAUGAUGACACAGCAGCAAAAUAUUUUGGUUCUGCCACAGAACAGCGUAAAGAUGGAAGUGGUUAUUACAUUCUACAUUCGUACAGUCUUUUCAAAUGUCAAAAUAACUCCAUUUAUGGGGAGCUGCCGGUAAAGGUUUUUGACCAACCAAAGCCGUUGCUGAAUAGAACUUCGAACAUUGAGCCUGAAGUCAAUCCCAAACCGGUUGCCAAAAGAAGUACAGAGGGCAAGAAGGGCUCAGUGGCACAGACCUGGGAGGAUGCGCCAUACAUUUUCAUCAUUCAGAUUGAAGAUAUAAGACGAAAGCCUGCCUCUCCUAAUAGGAAUUGGAGUUUAAUUUUAGAAGUAGAAAUGUUGGGACCCCAUGGAUACAUUUCUGCCACAGAUUGGCCCUCCAUGAUUUUUUACAUGGUGAUGUGUAUCAUCUAUGUGCUCUACAGUGUUGUCUGGCUUUUCCUGUUGGCUUGUUACUGGAAGGACUUGCUUCGGAUUCAAUACUGGAUUGGUGGUGUCAUCCUGCUAGGGAUGUUGGAGAAAUCGGUCUUCUAUGCAGAAUUCCAUACAAUCUCUCAGCAAGGAGUAUCAGUUCAUGGUGCAGUGAUUUUUGCAGAGCUACUAUCAGCUGUGAAACGUACCCUUGCCCGGAUCCUGGUCAUUAUCGCAGCACUUGGCUAUGGUAUUGUCAAACCUAGGCUGGGAACCACUUCAAGUCAAGUCAUUGGAAUUGGCCUGCUGUACCUGUUAUUUUCAUCAGUAGAGGGAGUCCUACGAGUUGCUGUGGAUUGGAGGGAGCUGUGGAUAGAGGAUGCAUUCUGGCGGUUUCUUUUCUCCAUUUUGCUGCUUGUCAUAAUGUUCUUAUGGAGGCCAUCUGCAAAUAACCAGAGAUAUGCUUAUUCUCCAUUGGUAGAUGAAGUUGAUGAUGAAGAGGAAGAGGAGCAGUUGAUCAGUGAGGCUUUUGAGGGAAUGAAGAUAAGACCCAUAAAAUCGGAAUCUAAUGGCACAGUCAAACCCAACAAAACGGAUGAAGACCUCAAAUGGGUUGAAGAGAACAUCCCAGCCUCACUAACUGAUGUUGCAUUGCCGACCCUGCUGGAUUCAGAUGAGGAAAUAAUGACGACCAAGUUCGAAAUCUCCAAAAUGGAAUAAUUGGUGAUUGUUACAGGCAAAGCUUUAAUUUUGAAAUCCACAUCUUCUUCUGCAGCAGAUUUAACUUUUGGAUCUCUUUUAUUUAAAAGAAAAUGAAGAAACAUCUGAAAUGUUCUUGGUGUUGUGACUUUCUGAAAUGGCAUAAAAACAUUACUUUUCAUUUUGGAAACUCGGCCAAUCAGUUUUAUGAAACUAUUUUUAAAGCACUGCUUUUAUGUUCUCUCCAUUGCCCCUGAAACUUGGUUUAAAUUCUAUGAAAUGCCACCAGCAGAAUUCUUUGGAGCCAAGGUGUUCUCUGCAUGGGAGUGCGAGGAUCACGGACCAAGCUGAGCAAAGUAAUUGUGAUUCCAGUGAAACCAGCUGGGCAUUGUAAAACAUAUACCACCUGUAUGUGAAGGUGGUUAGGCUGAAUAUUUAGAUAUGGUACGUCCAUGCCUGUCUAUACGCAAAUAGCCUUUUUGUCAUUAUUUAAGACAAAUAAUAAAAAGGAACAAAGCCAA